GGGGGAGGGGAGCUGACGAGGUCAAGGCGCAACACCAGAACCAUUAUGGCAAAUCAAGCAAACAAACGUCUGGCGAUUCAAAACGCCCGCAUCGUUGCGAACCACCGCCUAUUCGCGAUGGGUCUGCAUGGUUUCUUCAUCCUCAUGCGCCUCGUCCUCCGUCUACGAGCAUUCUCAACUGGUAUGCUGAUCAAAUACCUCCUCACCACUGCUCUUUCCGGAUUCCUCCAAUUCACCCUCGAGAAGACUGGUCGUGCACGCUACAACCCCGCCGGUGAACUCCUUAGUGCCGGACAGGACCUCAACCAGGCUGGAUUGACGGAGUGGAUGUGGGAUGUUAUCUACGUUUGCUGGCUUGGGCAGGCACUCGCUGCGCUUGGCAUUAACAGGGGAUUCUGGGUGUUGUGGGCUGUGCCGGCGUAUGCCGUGUUCAAGGUCGGACCCAUGGCAGCGAGGUUCUUGGGGCUCGGCAACAUGUUUGGUGGAAGGGGUGCUGCGGCUGAGGCUCAGGAGGAGGCUGCGCCUGCGAUGAGCAAGAGGCAACAAAAGAUGGAAAAGCGUGGUGGUCAGAAGAUUCGAUACCGUUGAGCUCGGUGUACGAUAGAAUGGACAUUGUACGAUAUUGUACGGAAUACAUGUUGCACAGCACAGGAAGGGUAACAGGAACCAGAAAUGGCUUUGAAGUGAUCAAUUUCAAAUACCUAG